CUGCCAAUGCCCCGGCGGAGAAGCUGAGGUCAUCACUGAAUUUUGAAGUAUUUUAAGUGGAUACAAAACUGUUUCAGCAAUGCAGACAAUUAAGUGUGUUGUUGUGGGCGAUGGUGCCGUUGGUAAAACCUGUCUCCUGAUAUCCUAUAGAACAAACAAAUUUCCAUCUGAGUACGUACCGACUGUUUUUGACAACUAUGCAGUCACAGUUAUGAUUGGUGGAGAGCCAUAUACUCUUGGACUUUUUGAUACUGCAGGGCAAGAGGAUUAUGACAGAUUACGACCACUGAGUUAUCCACAAACAGAUGUAUUUCUAGUCUGUUUUUCAGUCGUCUCUCCAUCCUCAUUUGAAAAUGUGAAGGAAAAGUGGGUGCCUGAGAUAACUCACCAUUGUCCAAAGACUCCUUUCUUGCUCGUUGGGACCCAAAUUGAUCUCCGAGAUGACCCCUCUACGAUUGAGAAACUUGCCAAGAACAAACAGAAGCCUAUCACUCCAGAGACUGCUGAAAAGCUGGCCCGUGACCUGAAGGCGGUCAAGUAUGUGGAGUGUUCUGCACUCACACAGAAAGGCCUAAAGAAUGUAUUUGACGAAGCAAUAUUGGCUGCCCUGGAGCCUCCCGAACCGAAGAAGAGCCGCAGGUGUGUGCUGCUAUGGACGUGUCUCCAGAGCCCUUUCCGCACAGCUGGUGUCAGCAUCAUACUAAAAGCAAUGUUAAAUCAAACUAAAGAUUAAAGAUUAAAAUUCGUUUUUGCAAUAAUGACAAAUGCCCUGCACCUACCCACAUGCACUCGUGUGAGACAAGGCCCGUAGGUAUGGUCCCCUUCCCCCUCUCAGUACUAGUUAAUUUGAGUAAUUGUGUAUUGUCAGAAAAGUGAUUAGUACUAGUUUUUGUUUUGUUGUUUCAAAAAAAAUUUUUUUUUGUUUUUUUUUUUGUUUAAAAGCAAGGCAUGCUUGUGAUGACUCUGUAACAGACUAAUUUGGGUUGUUGAAGCUGCUCCCGGGCUCUAUCCACUCUGGAGAAUGAUCUGGGACAUUUAGGGUUUUUUGUUUUUGUUUUUGUUUUUGCGGGGUGGGGUGGGGUGCGGGGAGUGUGUGUGGGGUUUGUUUUUAUUUAGUUAUGUUUUUUAAAUUCAUUAACCAUCAGAUAGCCCUUAAGGGGAGGAGGACUGAUUGAUUCCACAUUCCACUUCCUAGAUCUAGUUUAGAAAACUUGUUCCCCACCUGAUGCUCUUAGGAAGGAGUAUAGUAAAUGCCUCAUUUAAUAACAUACUCCUUUUUGAAAGUUGCCUUUUCUCUCCACCCUUGAGUAGGUCCAGUAUUUGAUGAAACUCAUGAAAGUGGGUGGAACCUGUCUUGCCCCUCCUCUUUUCUAGGAUGCACUAUAUAUGUGACUGUGACUUUCAAGGAAAUUUGUUUGCCAUGUGCUGAUUUUUUUUUUGAAGUUAAUUUCUAACUUCUUUCACUGAUAAAUGAAGAAAAGUAUUGCACCUUUUGAAAUACACCAAAUGGAUUGAGUACGUAAUUAAAAAACUUUUUUUUCCCCCUG